AAGUUAAAUCAUGUAAAAAAGCAGCAAUAUAAAACAUACAAUACAAAAAUUGACAACAUACUGUAUAUCAAUUUUUUUCCUCAAACUGUAUGAGCUCGUAUCGAUCCGCGUUUGGAAGUGGCGGUUACCUUGGUUACCCGCCUCAAUGGACGGUGGCCAGGCAGAAAGGAGGAGAGAAGGAGGUGGAGGAGGAGGAGAGAAGAAGGAGAAGGAGGAGGGCUUCACCACUGUUGGAGGGGAGGAGAGGCCGAGGUGGACGUGGCGGGUCCGCCGCAGUUGGCCACAAGUCGCGGGCAGCGAAGCCGAAGCAGCCAUGACGCGGAACGCCCGCAGGCCGCUGCCAAUACGGCGCUUGUGCUGACGUCGGGUUCCGCAGACAAAGGCCAUCGGCCUCGGUUCCUGCCACUCGCCAUUGACCGGGCUCCUCGUAUCGGCCGUCGUCUCGGCUCCUCCCCUUCGCCAAGGGCGUCCGGAGCGGAGGUCUCGGGGGCGGGGGUUCGUAGACGGAGCUCCACCCCUCACCAUGACGGACUUGGAGGCCGAAUGUCUGAGUCUGAGCCUCGCUUCGGAGGGCGGCUCCCCUCCGCCCCCGCUGGAACCCGGCGGCCCGGCCUCGCUGGCCCUCCUCAGCUCGGACGGCCCCACCCCUACCCUCAGCUCACUGGCGGCUGAGGUGGCCGAGCCGCUGGUCAUGCUGCCGUGCGUCAAGAGCGAGCCCGAGGACCUGGAGGACCUGGAGCGCCUGGAGCCCAUCCGCACCGUGGACCUAUCGGAGAUCCAGCCGCUGUCCACCGCCGAGCUGGGCCAUGAGCAGAUCAAGAUGGAAAUCAGUGGCCUGGACUACAUCAAGGCGGAGCAUCACCGCACAGACCUGGACCACCUUGACCCCUUCCGCCAUGCCGAGGAUAUGGACUACAAGUCGCACUAUGAGAACAGCUGUGUGUUUGACUACAUCUCCCAGGUGAGCGACACCUUGGACUACAUCAAAUCGGACCACCACGUGGACCUGCAGUGUUACUACGCCGCAGAGCCGGGCGACUUGGACCCGGCGGAUGUUCUGCAGCCGCCUCACAACGCUCUGGAGUCCAUCCACAUGGCCGAGCUGCGCAGCGAGCUCAACAAGCUGCGACCUGACUCGCUUCUGCUGCUGGACGGGAUGGCCAAACCCGAAGCCCACUUCCCCUACCAGGCGACGGGGGCCGACGAAGGCAAGGCCGCGGCGACCAAAAGCCCGACGGUGAGGAAGCCGCGCAACAUGCAGGGCGAGAAGCCCUUCUCGUGCACGCAGUGCGGCAAAAACUUCAGCACGCUGGGCAACCUGAAGACGCACCAGCGCAUCCACACGGGCGAGCGGCCGUACUCGUGCGCGCAGUGCGGCAAGAGCUUCGGCCAAGCCGGAAAUCUCAAACGCCACCAGCUCAUCCACACGGGCCAGAAGCCCUACGUGUGCGCCCACUGCCCCAAAGGCUUCACCAAGGCCGACGACCUGCGGGCGCAUCAGCGGCUGCACACGGGCGAGCGCCCCUUUGCCUGCCACGCCUGCGCCAAGACCUUCGGCCAGGCCAAGGAGCUCAAGGCGCAUCGGCUGAGCCACACGGGCGAGCGGCCCUUCUGCUGCCAGCACUGCGGCAAGAGCUUCAGCAAGGAGACGGCGUACCGCAACCACCUCCUCGCGCACGACGCCGGCGCCGCCACCGGGCAGGCCAAACCCUUCGCCUGCUCGCACUGCGGCAAGACUUUCGGCAACGCCGCCGUGCUCAAGACCCACGAGAAGAUCCACUCCGGCGAGCGGCCGUUUGGCUGCGCGCAGUGCGGCAAGAGCUUCGGCCGCCUCGGACACCUCAAGGCGCACCAGCACGUUCACACGGGCGAGCGGCCGCACGCCUGCGCGCGCUGCGGCAAGGCGUUCAGCCAGUCGGGCCACCUCAAGGCGCACCAGCAGAUCCACAAGCGGGAGCGCGCUGCUGCCGACACAGACGGAUGCUAGAUAAAUGUGUGGUGGACAGAAUGCUUUUUUUUUUUAUGCAAUAGCCACCUCUUUGUUACCUUUUGGCGCCUUUCUGAUCGUUACUUCUACAGCUCUUUUUUUUUUUUGGUGCACAUGUGUGUGGAGAGCGUGUCUGAGGAAAGCCAUUUGAACAUUUUCCCCUGCAACUUUGUGUGGCCGGGGCAAAUUUGCUUCGUUCGUACGACGUGUUAGCAGAGAAGAGGGGGGGCUCCCGUGGCCUGCUCUUUUUUUUGGCCCAGGUUCCGCUACAAGUGUCAUGAUAUCGCAAUUCUGACUUUGCUAUUAUAGCUGCAUUAAAGUACAUUUGGUACCGUUAGAGAGACGGUACCUCGGUGACAACCCAAAAUGGCAAUAAAAAUAGUGGAAUGAUAACCGACACAGCAACUUCCAAAUCUUUGUAUUCAUAUUACUAAAACAUAUUAAGAUAUUGAGUACGAUAUUCAACAGGUUAUAUUUUUAAAGUGUUUAAGCACAAAGUAAUUGCAGAUGACAUCGUGUCUGAUUCCUUUGUUGAAAAAAAAAUUAUUAUAAAGUGCUAAAAAGGACAAAAAACAAACCUCCAGUAACUUGCUGAUGCUCAGUUACCGGUUUGGUUCGUUACAACCAUGAGAACAUUUGCAAAAAUGUCGAGCAUUUUUAUUUUUUCAAAAAAAAAAUUUGUCUUAUUUUGGUUCAACACAAACAAAAACAAAGUCAGUCUGCUCUUGUGGCUGCCGACUGAAAUCAGACAAUUUUGGCAUUGAAAGCUUGAUAUUCCGGGGAUUUGAACACAACACAACAAGAUACCGAAAUGAUUAAUUGAUCAAAAUUGGGGCAGAUUUAUUUGAUCGUUGACUCGUGGAUUAAUCCCAUGGAUUAAUCUCUCAAUUGUUCCAUAAUUGAGUUGAGAGGAUACAUUUGUACUAAUGGACCAAAAGUGGUGUGAGUUGUUGGUAAAAGUGCUACAAGAAAGCCAGUGGUUCUCCUCUUGCACUAAAUCCUGAUACAAGUGAGGACGAAGAGCACGAGUAGUCCACGGAUAUCAGACUCCAAGUCAUAUGCAAUCAACGCACAGAUGGCUUUCCACAGACCUCGCCAAGCAACUGACCAAUUGUGUGACGAGCGCGGUGCUAGCAAACAUUAGCUCGCGGUCACACUUUGUUACACAUUCGUCUCUGUACUUUUCCAUAUUUAUACACAUUAUUUAUCUGUAUCUAUAAAUAGAUAUAGAUAUAUAAUACGCAAAACACAACCUGUACAUGCAGAGGAGAGUUUGACUGGAAAGAAUGUUGGUCGGAAAUUUCUGUUUCUGAUCGAAAGACUCAACUUGUUUACACUGAUGAUGUCGUUGUGAUGUCAUCUCCCGCCCCUUCACAUUUUGUGUGCGCGUGACCCUUGCUGGCUGAUUGGAGCUCUCUCCUUUGUGUCAAGAGACACAAAGGAGAUGCAAAUUCUUUGGAAUUUUUUUCGUUUCUAUUUAGCCCGACAAAUGAUUACAGGUUAAUCAUCUCUUCAUGUUCAUCUUCGAUGUUUUUAAUCUUCAUAUGAUCCACACACGUUUUGUACCAGUCUUUUAUGAUCACUUGCCUUUUAUUGAAAUGAAACCAUUUCUUGUACUGCCUAUCGACUAUAAAAAGUUUUUUGUCUUUGCA